CUGCCAGACAAAAGAGCUCCGCAUAUUUGUUUCGUCUUUUCCAUCUUUCUUCUCUGAAAAACACAGAUUUCUCUGCCGCGCCUCUACACGGCCGCGACGAUGGUGGAGAAAAGCGAUCCAAGAGCGCCUUCCAGCUCUCGGCCACCCGCUUCUCCUCCCGAGUAGCUUCCACGAGUCGCCGUGCUCUCCUCAUUCCCUUGUGUCUUUUCCUUUCUCUCCUGUCCGUCUUCCUCCUAUUCUUCUGCUUGGUCUUUCCGGUUUUCUACCUUUCUCUGCUGUCUGCUCAUUCCACCUCUUCUUCGUCUCACAGUAAUCUGUCCUCGACUCAUCUGCCCUCGACUCAUCUGCCCUCGACUCAUCUGGCGGCUCUAUUCUCCUUCUCUGUCUUGCCCUUCCUCGCGUUUCGAGUCUCCUUCGUCGCCUUCUUCUCUGUCUUAUCCUCUGUCUUCUCGUUUCUCUUCUCUCUCCUCUCUGUCUUCCUCUCUGUCUUCCUCUCUGUCUUCCUCUCUGUCUUGUUCUCCCUUUUUCGCGUGUCUGUCAGUCUUCUCGCCAUGGACCCCGCACCUUCCGAGGCGUCUCUGUCGACGCUGUAUCCCCUUUGCAUGGCCUGUCGGAAGCAAAUCGACUCGGUUCUGGCGUCCCUCGAGUCUUCCUCGGCGGCUUCUGCCCCCCUGAGCUCUUCUGUUCCGUCAGCCGUCUCACGCUCCUCCUCUUCGUCGCUGCCGGUCGCUGUGCAGCAGCGGCUGGUGGCUCUGACUCAGCAGCUGCUUCGCGACGUCGCGCGGAUGGAAUGCAUUUUCGAGGGGGAGAAGGCGUCUCUGCCUCCGCAGCAAGUCGCUCUGUGGAAGCGGCGCAUCUCUGUGCUUCUGGAAGACAGCUGCGCGGUCCAGAGCGCCGUGAACAUGCAGCUCGGAGCCGUCCACCGCCGCCAGAUGGAGGAGACGCGACAGCGGGAGGCGCUGCUCGACUCGCGUCGCGGCCGGAGUGUGGUGCAGAACCGGGCGUCGGAGCUGAGCUUUGCGCGGGAGCGAGAGAAGCUCGCGGAGAGUCACUCGAUGCUCGACGCGAUUCUCUCGCAGGGGCGGAGUGCGCUCGAUAAGGUCGUCCAGCAAAACAGUGUGUUGAAGAGCGCGAAGCGCAAGAUCCUCGACAUGAAUACCUCGAGCGGACUCGCGGCCAGCCUCCUGGGUGCCAUCUCUCGCAGGGAAGCCACAGACAGGCGACUCGUUUGGGGAGGCAUGUUCCUCACGCUUCUCUUCUUCUUCUUCCUCUACCGCCUCGUCCAUAGAAGCAGAGAGGUGGACGACGCAGACGGCAGCUGGGACGCACUUAACUCGGAGCAGUGAAGAGGAAAAGCGAAGAGCAAGCAAGAAGACGCGAAGAGGAAAUGCAAACGGUGGAGCGGAGAGCGCGAGACAGUCCCUGGCUCUCGAGGCGACGGCGGGAUCUCUCGACGUCUACAGCGAACGGCCGAUAGCACGCACAUGUCGCGAGAGGUCUACCUACGUAUGUACACUCGUGAUUACACACGCAUAUACACAAUAAUAUAUACAUAUAAUAAUAUAUAUAUUUCAUAUAUAUAUAUAUAUAUAUAUAUAUAUAUAUAUAUUCAUAUAUAUAUAUAUAUAUAUUCAUAUAUAUAUAUAUUCAUAUAUAUAUAUAUAUAUAUUUAUAUGUAUGGAGAAGAGAGAGAAACCGCGAGGUCGCACCUGUUCCUUCUCUGUGUUGUGGCAGCUCUGCUUUUCGUUGUCUUUGUGUUGCUUCUUUGCAUUUGGUGAAGUGCAAAGCCUUCCGCCCAGAAGGAAGUCGAAAGAGGUCGGUCGGUCCACACUGUUCCACACUGGCUUCUCGUCUUUCGUCUCGGAUUUGGAUGUUCGUCACUGUCACCUCUCUCGAAUGGCUCUCUUCGCGGUCCUGGGUCUCUCCUUGUCUCAGUCUGCAUGCUCGCUCUUUUCGGUGACCCUUUCUCUCCCACUGUCCUCGGUCUUUUCUGUCUCUGUGCGGUCGUUUCCUCACUCUGUUCUCUCGCACUUCACCGUUUACUGACUUUUUAGUCUCUCGACCUCCUCGUUCGCGAAUCUUUUUUCUCCUUUCGUCUCGGAGUUGUCUGUUUCCUGCUCCUGUUAGUUGCGUAUCUUCCUCCUCGUAGUUCGUCGGUCUCCGGUCUUCUCUGGUUCUCGAAACUCCUUGGAGUCUUUCUUCGCUUCCGAAGAGACAGGACAUCCUUGCCAUGUCGCGACGGAUACCUUCACUGGGGAGUCCAUGUCCCUGCCGGUACAGGCACUUGAUUUUUUCGUGAAAACCUUUUCGAAGUUGUGUCUCACUGGG